AUGAUCUCCACCGAUCCGACGGCCGGAUCCACCGAGGAGCACCGUCCCGCAGGCCACCGUGUCCGAAACCGAUCGCGCUCCCAGCCCCGGUUCUUCUCUGGCUCCGCCUACCCCUCCCCAUGCCCCCGCUCCUCCGCCAUCCCAUUCUCCUGGGAGCAGCGCCCCGGAAUCCCCAAAUCCCUCUCCCACACCGCCGCAACUGAGGACGUCUCUGCCCUCCCCCUCCCUCCCCCCGCCCGCUCCCGCUCGGAACUCUCCACCACGCGCAAGAAGCGCUCCGCCGCCUCCCCCGACCCGUUCGCGGCCGCGCUCGCGGUCUGCUCCAAUGGCCUCCCGCACGACGGCGACGACGUGGGCGAGCUCUGUUUAGUGCCCGACGCCGCGCCACAGAGGGCGGCCUCCAUCGCCGACCGGUUCCGGCUCUUCGACUUGUACGGCUCCUGCAAGGCGGCGUGCUCCGUCGUGGACGCUACGGUCCGCCUCCCUCGGACCGGGUCGUUGGGUUUCCCCGGCCGCCGGCCCGGCCCAGACAACAUCUGA